AUGGCUUCGCAGAACAGAUCUCCUUAUCCAGAAGCGCCUCCACCGUACUCAGCCAACAUGCAGCAGUACCCUGCUCGAAUGCCAGUGCCCUACCCAAUGAGCAACAACGGUUUCCCUCAGCCGACAGGCGCUCAGCACGUUCAACAAUACCAACAGCAGCAGCAGUACCAGCAGUACCUCCAGCAGCAGCAGCAGCAGCAAGUGCAGCCCUAUCAACAGCCUCCGCAGCAGCCGAUGGCUUAUGGAUAUGAGUAUCCUCCCUAUGGAGGAGAUCCGUACCACCGACGCUUUGGACCACGUCGUCUUGGAGGGUUCUUGUUUCGUUCAAUGUUCCGCCCCCGUUUUUACGGCAGACGCCAUUGCUGUCACUGGUGA